AUGACGAGGUCAUCCUACACAGAGGCGCUAAUCUCGGGACAGCAGACCGCAGAUCAAGUGGCGCAGCAGCUCUGUGGUGACAGUAAGCUAAGUACUAAGGCUGGAAUCUCGGCUGAAACGACAGUGCAAGUUGCAACGCUUGUUUUGGAGGCUCUCGUGAAGCAAUCGGCAGUCGCUACAUCUGGGUGUUAUACUGCGCCACUGUUAAAGCAACAACAGCACAAGGAUGCCGUCAUCGCUUACACCCAUCAGCACACACGCAGUGCAGCCAUCUCACAUGUGGUAGAAGCCGCACUUGCCCAGAAGCUGCUAACUGACGAGAAUCCAUUAAUUAAUCUUUUUAACUGGGACACAUUCAAAAGCCGUCUGGCCAAUCUGUGUCGUGCCUUUCCCGAGCCAGAAUUCAACCAUGCAGUUGCCGUCAAAGCCAAUCCUAUACGUGGUAUAUUGCGUGGUGCGCUUGCUCAAAAUUUCGGCGCCGAGUGUGCGUCCAUUGCUGAGGCCAAGCAUGCGCUGUCACUCGGGUUCGAGCCUCGGAAAAUCGUUUACGAUUCACCUUGCAAGACAUUAAAUGAACUGCGCGAAAUGGUGCUUGCGGGAGUCUACAUCAAUCUGGACAAUGAGGAAGAAAUUUGCAAAGUAAAUGAAAUUUUGGCGAAGUUGGGCAAUUCCGAAGAAACAAUGAAAACAUGCGCGGCACAAUUUGGAUUGCGCAUCAAUCCUAUGGUGGGAGGUGGAACCAUAGACGCCACUAGCACAGCAACCGCUGUUAGCAAGUUUGGACUCCCGCUAACUGAAACGACAAAGCCUCGAUUGUUAGCGAUUUACAAGCAGAACCCGUGGCUUCAUGGCGUGCACGUGCAUGUUGGGUCGCAGGGCUGUUCUUUAGAUCUCUUAGCUGCUGGAGUAAAGAGAGCAGUCCAUUUUGCCCUCGAAAUUAAUGCUCACGUAGGAUAUAAGCAAGUGUGUGUGCUUGACAUUGGUGGAGGCAUGCCAACUGUGUAUGACGGAGGAGAAUGCGAGGCAUAUGAUUUCCAAGAUUACGCAAACACGCUGCGAGAACAAGUCCCAGAACUAUUUGCAAGCGGGUUUACGUCGAUUAUCACGGAAUUCGGUCGCAGUAUUUUUGUUAAACCUGGAGUCACGGUGUCCAAGGUUGAGGCUAUCAAAAACUGGGUAGGACAGCACAUCGCAGUUGUGCACGUUGGCGCAGACCAAUUCCCUCGGACAGCUUAUCAACCAGAACUUUGGUCGCAUUGCAUCUCUGUACUUGACCAUCACGGACAUUCUAAGAAGAAUCUCAGCAGCGAGUACUUAUGUCAAGAUAUUGCGGGUCCGCUUUGUUUUUCUGGCGACUAUCUCGCCAAACAACUGCUACUUCCACCUAUUCACGUGGGUGACUUUGUCGUAAUUCAUGAUACUGGUGGCUACACCAUGUCAAUGUUUUCUAAGUACAAUAGCCGACAAGUAUCUUCAUAUUUUGCCUACUCAGCUAAUUGUCAAUCCGUCAAGUUUUUCAUGCUGAAGGAUCGAGAGACCACAGAGGAGACGCUUUCGUGUUGGGGUCUAGACUGUGAUGUCGAUCUAUGA